UCCGCUUCCGGCGUCAGCGCAGCGCGGCCGGAAGCGCAGGCCCCGGAGCGGAGCCGCCAUCAUGGCCGACAAGAUGGACAUGUCCCUGGACGAUAUCAUUAAGCUCAACCGAAGCCAGCGCGGCGGCGGCCGGGGCGGUGGCCGGGGCGGCCGGGGCCGAGGCGGCGUCACCCGCGGGGGCGGGCCCGGUCGGGGCGGCGUGGGAGCCGGGCGAGCGGGCGGCGGCCCCGUGCGGAACAGGCCGGUGAUGGCCCGGGGCGGCGGCAGGAAUCGGCCCGCGCCGUAUAGCCGGCCGAAACAGCUCCCCGAGAAGUGGCAGCACGACCUCUUCGACAGCGGUUUUGGGGCGGGCGCUGGCGUGGAGACCGGCGGGAAGCUGCUCGUCUCCAACUUGGACUUCGGCGUCUCAGAUGCGGAUAUCCAGGAACUCUUUGCAGAAUUUGGGACCUUGAAGAAGGCGGCAGUGCACUACGACAGAUCUGGGCGCAGUCUAGGGACAGCAGAUGUGCAUUUUGAAAGGAAAGCAGAUGCUCUGAAAGCUAUGAAGCAGUACAAUGGAGUCCCCUUGGAUGGGCGUCCCAUGAACAUUCAGCUGGUUACAUCACAGAUAGACACACAGAGGAGACCAGCACAGAGCGUAAACAGAGGUGGCAUGACCAGAAACCGUGGUGGUACAGGAGGAUUUGGUGGUGGAGGUACCAGGCGAGGUAGUCGUGGUGGGAGCAGAGGGAGAGGCAGAGGGGCUGGAAGAACUUCCAAACAGCAGCUCUCUGCAGAAGAACUAGAUGCACAGCUGGAUGCUUACAAUGCCAGGAUGGACACCAGCUAAAGUGGCGAGCAGUGCAUGGAAGGACUCCAGACAUCUCAUUCCAUGCUCUGUGGCGGGAGGGGUGUGCGACUGUGGCUACUAAUAUCAAGGAUGGAAUUUGUUUUACUUUUAUGUUUUGGAAUAGGUUUUAAACUCAUGUAAAGGUUUUUUUUAAUUCUGAAGCAGACCCGUUUUGUACCGAGUUAUUUUUGGGAUAAAUUUUACUGGUUGCCUGUUGGGCCGAGGUGGCUUUUUCACCUUUGCCGUAAUAAAAUAGAACCGUGUCUAGA